AGAAAUUCCACUGACAACAACCUGCGCCGCUCGAUCUCUUAUAGAGUCUUGACGACGAACAACACUCGCCACCAUGCCUCCCAAGAAGCAGCAGCAAAAGCACGAACCAAAAUCAAAAGACCAGGUCGACGAAGCGCCCCUCCAGGCAGUCAUUCUCGCCGACUCGUACAACCGGAGAUUCGAAGUACUCGCUACCGACCAACCCCGAGUGCUCCUCCCGCUAUGCUCCACACCACUGCUGAGCUGGACUUUGGAAAGUCUGGCGUUGAGUAAGGUGAAGCAGGUGUUCAUCUUUUGUGGUGUCCAUGCGGACCAGAUCCGGGCAUUUAUCGAAACAUCGCCAUACCGAUUGACUUUGGAUAUUCACUGCCUUGCCUCCCAAACAGCUCGCUCAGCCGGUGACGCGCUCCGUGAAAUGGACGACAUGCACGUUCUGAAUGCCGACAACCCCUUCAUCCUCGUCCACUCCCCUCUUGUCUCCAACUACGACCUUUCCAAGAUCGUCGACGCCCACAAGAAACGCCGUGAAGUCGACAAAAACUUUAUCAUGACCAUGGGCGUCGGCCGUGGCGGUCGACCCCAUCCCGAAUCCCCCGUCAUGCUCGUCCACCCUCCUUCAUCCCGACUAUUGCACUACUCUCCCCACCCUCUCUCUCCCGCCCAAGGCCGGGCCGAGUUCCCCGCAGUCUUGUUUACGGAUCCCUUCCCUGUCAAUAUCGACACGUACGAGAUUUGGUCUGGGACUGCUCCUCGCUCGGUCUCGGACAAUGGUGGAUACAGAGAUCUGGGUGUGGAUAUUUGCGAGGCAGAUGUCCCGGCGCUGUGUACGGAGAACUUUGAUUAUCACGAUUUGAGGAGACAUUUCGUCAACGGUGUCUUGACGAGUGAGCUGUUGGGCAAGAAGAUUGCCGUACAUGUGGUCGGCGAAGAGGUAGAAUCUAUGGAUGCUCGAGCAGGUGGUGGCAGAUACGUGGAGAGGGUCAGAGAUACACGGACAUUCGGCGAGGUUACCCGCGACGUCCUCCGGCGCUGGGCCUUCCCUCUUGCUCCCGACCUCAACGAACCCUCAGGCGUCGAGUACGAACUCCGAGCAGGCAAUGUCUACAUUGCCCGAGAAUCCGUCGUCCUCUCCCGCACAACAACCCUCACCGGACCCCUCCUCAUCGGCCCCAAAUCGUCCCUCUCCCAUAACACCCUCGUCCAAGGCUCCACCCUCGGCGCCAACUGUAAAGUCGGCGACGGCAGCGCUAUCAGGAAUUCAUACAUCUUUGACGAUGUGCGUAUUGGCGAGGCAUGUUUGAUCGAAGAGUGCAUGAUCGGUAAGGGUGUGGUAGUCGGGGCGGGGUGCAAGAUCGGCAGGGGCGUGCUUUUGGGCAACGGUGUCAAGCUCGGCAUAAAUGUGUCUGUACCAGACUUUGCAAGGAUCGGACGAGAACCGUACCGAGGCGAAGAUUACGACUCGGAUGAUUCGGAUUUCGAGGAGGAAGAGGCUGCUUCAAAGGCCCGCUCUUCCGAGCUUUUGGGGAGCGAGAGUGUCGGCUUCCUCUGGCCGAAUGAGGAAGAGGAGCCGGCGAGCGACUCUGAAGACGAGGACGAAGAUCUGUACGAACAUCCCGCCAACAAGAAGCUUCUCCAGCUCGGCCGUCGUCUCUCCAAUCUCUCCUCCGCAGCCACCUCCCUCUCCACCCUCUCUGCCGCUUCCUCCUCCGCCCCGUCUUCUCCCGUCUCCAUGGCAUCAUCAACUUCCCUCCCCGACAUGCCCUCCCUCCAACUCAACGCUGGCCCACCACCAGCAUUCUACCACGAAGCUGUCGCCUCUCUCCAAAGAGCGUACGAAGAAGACCACAAGAUCGAGAAUGCCUUGCUCGAGCUCAGGACGCUGGUAAUGGGCUACAAUGCCGGUCUCGACCGUGCUAGGGAAGAGGUCGUCAAGUUCUUUGUGAGCAAGGUGGAUAUCUCUGGUAAUGCGGUGAGCAUCCUCGGUUCUGCCACAAAGGUCUUUACGCGAUGGGGACCAUUGAUAAGCAACCUCACUUCGGACCCUACUCUCAUGAUCCUCGAUGCCCAAUCGUACACCGCGCACCACUCAGCAUACGUGCCGUGGUUCGGUAUCAUCCUCCGAGGUUUCUAUGAAGCCGACCUCGUCGCCGAGGAAGAGCUCGUAGAAUGGAGAGAUAUGAAGGAGAGCAAGGGUGAGGAUGUGCGUGGGGAGGAGGAGAAGGCGGUUUGGAAGGAGAUUUGGGCAAAGGGCAAGGGGUAUGUGGAUGUGCUGGAGGCUAUGGAGAGUGAGGAUGAGGACGAUGAGAGCGAGGAGGAGGAAGAGAGUGAGGAUGAGGAAUAGACUUGAAAUCUGCAGGAGGCAGGUGCAUAGACUAGCAUGUAUAUCGUCAUGAUGAUAAAAUCUAUCGAAC